CGCCCCUUAUAUGAGCAGCAUGCAAUGUAGUGUGUGGAGAUGAAGUUUGUUUUUGGAUUUGUCACUCCCAAUGUUUCAGGAUUCCUGAUGCUGAUUGUUUUAGAUUUUCACUCAUUUUAAUUGCACUUUUGACCCUUUUAUCUUCUGUGGUUUCGUGUGAAAAGUGCAUACAUUGCAAGACGUUGUUCCUUUGCUGCCCGAUGCAGCUAGCUAACAUGCUAAGUAAGUUUAUACUAGAACGAGUUCAGAAUGAAUGACUGAUGAGUGAAGUUAUCAAAUAGUAGGUUAUACGCACAUUAAACCACCGUGCCUAGACCAAACUCGUUGCAGAAUGGAUAGGCGCAGUAACAUCAUUGAUAUGUUCGAGACUGGGAAAGUCGUGAAAGUGUGCGCACCAAUGGUCCGCUACUCAAAGUUAGCUUUCCGAUGUCUGGUGAGGAAGUACGACUGUGAUGUCUGUUUUACUCCAAUGAUUGUGGCAGCAGAUUUCAUGCGCUCUGUAAAAGCCAGGGACAGCGAGUUUACCACUAACAGAGCUGACCGACCCCUGAUUGUGCAGUUUGCUGCCAAGGAUGCCCAGACGCUGGUAGAUGCUGCUUGUGUCGUUGCACCUUUCUCAGAUGGAGUGGAUUUGAAUUGUGGUUGUCCCCAAAGAUGGGCCAUGUCGGAAGGCUAUGGAGCCUGUUUGAUCAACAAACCAGACCUGGUCAAAGACAUGGUGCGACAAGUCCGCAACCAAAUAGAAGAUCCCAGCUAUGCUGUGUCCAUUAAAAUCAGGAUCCACAAAGACUUGAGGAAGACGGUGGACUUGUGUCAGAAAGCAGAGGCGGCAGGAGUGUCCUGGAUCACAGUUCACGGGCGAACAGCAGAUGAGCGACACCAGCCUGUGCACUACGAUGCCAUUAAAACCAUCAAGGAAAGUCUGACCAUCCCUGUCAUCGCCAAUGGAGACAUCAAGUCCUCUCGAGACGUGGAGUCCAUUCACCAGCUAACAGGGGUUAAUGGAGUGAUGUCCGCCCGUGGUUUGCUGGCCAACCCCGCUUUGUUUGCGGGCUACGAGGAGACUCCACUGGAGUGCAUCUGGGACUGGGUGGACAUUGCUCUGGAGCACGGGACCCCGUUUACCUGUUUCCACCAUCAUCUCAUUUAUAUGCUGGAACGCAUCAGCUCUCAGCCUGAAAGGAAGGUCUUCAACACUCUCGCCAGCACCUCAGCAGUCAUCGACUACCUCAGUAAUACCUAUGGAUCAGUAUAAACUAUGGGCGGUGGCUUUUGAAGAGUCAGGGUCUUGUUUUUUCACCUUUUUCAUUGUCUAACUUUUUAUUAUAGUUAUUAUUAAAAUAUACUGUAUGAAUGAAUGUAUGUGUAUGGCUGUGCAUUCUACUUCUGCAUAACCUCUGAAAAUAUGUUACCACUGUUCUGUCUAAUAAUCUGAUAUUCUUUGCUCAGCAGAGAAUAAUUAUGUCACAGUGUGCCUAAUAUGAGAUUACCUCAUAUUAAAUCCAUGUGCUAUUGUUAAA